AUGGUGGAAGUAUUACGAAGGACAGAAGAGGUUGCAUAUAAAAAGUUUGAAGAAAACAAUGGUCCGAAAUGCUCAUUUACAACCGAGCAUAACGAGUAUAUAAAAGAGCAGCUUGAUAAUGACCCCCAGUUGUAUUCAGACGACAUAAUAAAUAGUUUGACUAAGCGAUUUGAAGUCUUUACUAUAUCAAAGUCGCAACUUAAUAACCACUUACGAAACAUAAUGCUCAUCACUGUGAAAAAACCGAUGUUUGAACCUGAAAUCAGAAACCCAGUGGGAAACCUACAGACGAGAUUCGAGUGGUUUAUGGAAUGGAAAGAUUCUGAUCUGGAUUUUAUUUUCAUUGAUGAAGCCGGGUUUCAUAUUAAUAUGAGAAAUAAUUGA